GGUGUCUAGCGCUUGAAGGGUGCGCGGGACGGGACGCCCCAUCGUCGCGUCAGCGCGCCACUCGGCAGCACAGUGGGGCCAGUCUGCACCGCGAGCGCUCGCGCCCGCGUAAUCGCCCACAACCGUAACUCGCGACGCGCUGAUAUGUGUGCGCUCAAACUUUACGCGAAUCACUAAAUAAACACCAAGUGCAAAAUGAAAGAAAAAUGCCGCCCGCCGUACUUCCGACCGCUAUGGAGAUGUAUGGGGCGACAUUUAUUGCUAUUAGGAUGGACAUUGUUACUAGCAACUGGGAACGAUGGCGCUGAGAUCACUUGUCCCGAAGAGUGCAGCUGCCGCACCACCUACGACAGAGAAGAGGGCAGCAUUCUGCGCGUCAGCUGUUCUCGCGGAGACAUGCACAGCAUCCCUAUAGAUUUCUUCGACAAAAACGCUCGCAUCAUUAAUAUCGCUGCCCCUUUUGACAGACCAAACUUUCUCACCAUAGGACCAAUCUUCACUCAACCGAUACCCUUUGCAAACCUCAGAGAAUUGCACAUAGUCAACUCUAACAUACCAUCUAUAGGACAGUACUCUUUCUGGGGCCUUCAAAACUUGAGACUAGUCAAUUUGACCUACAAUAACCUGACCAGUAUUAAUGCCGAUAACUUUCGCGGCCUCAUAAAUCUCACCGAGCUGCAUCUCGACCACAACAGUAUAGAGCAAAUGCCGAGCGAAACGUUCCGCCACCUCACCGCUUUGAAAACUUUAAUUUUAUCGAAUAACCAAAUCGAAGCACUGGUGCCCAGAUUAUUUAGAAUGUUAGCGAAGCUGUCUUAUUUGGAUUUAAGCGAUAAUCCCCUGACUGAAUUGAACCCGGAGGUUUUCAAAGACAUACAACACUUAAGAGUGCUUAAAUGCAGACGAUGUUUACUAAGAAGAGUUAAUACUCAGAUUUAUCAUUUGGUACCUCAUUUAGAGGAAUUGGAUUUAGGGGAGAAUCAAUUUAAGUAUCUUACUCCUGAUGAAUUUAUAAGUUUGAAGAAACUGAAAAAGUUAAAGUUAGAUGGCAAUCAAUUGUCAGUAGUGGUUGAUAAUAUGUUUGGUCGGAAUCGUGAACUUCGCGUGCUUACCCUAGCGCGCAACCGUCUCGCCCUGCUGGCGCCUGCCGCCCUCACUAAUCUAACAACCCUCGUGCACUUAGACAUUAGCCACAAUAAAAUCGACAGGUUCCAUUUGCAGACUUUCGCACCAGUAGUGGACUCCCUAAAGACUAUAAAUUUCAGCGGUAAUAACUUACCGCUCAAUGAGAUUGCUAUUGUACUACAGAUUUUACCCGAUAUUCACGGAGUGGGGCUGGCGAAUUUGUCGCUGCCUGAGAUACCUCCGAACUUCUUCGUGUACAAUGAACACUUGGUAGCCUUAGAUAUAUCAUGGAAUAAAUUAACAAAAUUUCCAUAUAAAUUGCUCACGAAGACAAAAUUUCUACAACGAUUAGAUAUAUCGCAUAACAAGUUGCAAACAUUGAGCGAGCAAGAUUUACAACGUCUAGAGGCGAUAGCACAAAUAAACUUAUCGAAAAAUUCUUGGCAUUGCGAUCAGUGUUCAGCGGGAACGAUGCUCGUGUACAUGACAACUACAGUUCUGAACGGAACUAUAAGACAUCUGAGAUGUUAUUCGCCUAUGAGACUGAGGGGGGCGAGUUUCUCAGACAUGACAUUCGAUCGUUUGGAUCCAUGUCCUAGUACAUACGAGGCGCAAAUGAGUGUCAUAGCUGGGUUGAUGUUGUUGUGUAUAGCCGUUUUAGCAGCGGUGGCGGGUGCACUGUGCUGUACGAGGCGACGCGCCGCUCAUUACUAUACAAACGAGGAGAAGAGGCGGGAGCACGAGCACGAACAUCCAGAGGAGUUGCUAGGGCGCACUGAGCUCGGGAGCGUGGCGACCAUCCACGCGCCUUACCAAUUAGUGUCUAAGGGCAGCUAACAGCGCAACCCGCUGGCAGCUCAAGCGCCGCGCGCGCAGGCGUCCCACAGGCUGCUGAGCGUCACGCUGGACCCGCCGCCCGCGCCAGCGCCCUUCAACUCGCCGCUGCCGGACGCCGUCCCUCUGCGAUACUUUCCACCCCUCCCCCCUACUGUGCUAGACGCCGACGACAUGUGAUACGAAUAUGAAAUUGAAGACGAUCUAGUGUAAAGCCAAAGAAUUUGAGCUAUGGAUUUUUUUAUAAAUCCAAAAAAAGAUGAUAAAUAUUAUUGUAAAUUUUAAAAAGACAAUUAAAAUAUGUUGAUAAUAUACUGACAUUAGUUAGAAAACGUCUUCAAAUUAUAAGAAAGAAAUAUUUUUCUACAAAUAAAAUUUUAUAUGUAAGUUUUCAAACUGCACCUGAAACAGGACUGUUAACAGUAGAUACUCAUGUAAUUUUAAGAAGUAUUAAUAUAAAGUAUUGUAAGCUAAUGUACCUAUCUAUAUCAGUGUGUCAUGAAAAACAUUUUAGUUACAUUUCGGUGAUAAUGGCAUGAAACAUAUUGAAGACAAUGAAGCACGUCGUUAUAACAUAAACAUGUUCUUUUCUAAUCUACUAAACUAAUUAUUUUCGAUUUAACUGCAGUCAUAACAAGCAUUUUUAUAUUUUUCCCAUAACGACGACAGUAAUUAGUCCUUGUAAAAUGUAAAAAUAUACAGGAAAUUGGGGAUGCGGCAUUUAGCUGCCUUGCUGGAGCACUCGGUCAUUAAUUCGAAUUUUAUAACCCGUUAAUUAAUGUGCUUUUUUAAACUAUUACAUAGUAUUUUGUUAAUAAUAGAACAUUUUAUGAGAUUUUUUCUAUAGAUGAAAGCUUACUUAUUUAUAAGUUAUGAUCAUGCGACUCAUUGUAAUUUAUCCGUGCCUGAGAGCUGGACGCCAAAAUAAUCUUUGCUAUACGAUUGAGUUACGUCGACACUUGAGUGACUUAAUAAUAGAGGUAUCUACUCGUUCGUUCUGGAAUUAACUUACACUAUUACUUACAAGAACAAAGCCGAACUCCACAAAAUCUCGCGUGAAGCAAAAAAUAAAACCUUAUUUUGGUGCAUCAUCUACCUACUGUCUGAGAGAGAUGAUGUUCCAUAUAUGCAUAAUUUAUCGCUUGAUAUCGUUUUGAGCCGCGCUUGUCGCUCCGGUUGGGCAAAUGGAAUGCGAUUCCAAAGGUAGAAGAUAAAAUACAUCAAAUGAAAAUCUUUUGCUGAUACAACCGCGUCUGAGCACCGUUCACUCUUAAAAUCAGAUAGAGUAAAGAUAUUGGAUUAUCGAAGGUUAACGAAAAAAGAACUAGUUUUUUACGUGCGUCAAAAGAUUAGUUUAUUUUC